CAAAAGUCUGAAAUCUUAUCAGGGUUCAUCAUAUCAUCAUCGAUUCUUUCAGAUAUUUUAGUCGGUAAUGUUUUUUUAUAUAAAUAUAUAAUUAUAAGUUGAACCAUCACUGUCUAUAGGAUAAAGGUUUAAUCUUUAGAGGAAUUUAGGUUCAGAUCUGCACAGUUCUGUGUGGGUCUGCUUUCUUUUUGGUUGUUAUUACAUGAAGCUUAGAUCACACUUCACUUUCUUUCGCUUUUUUCCACUUUACGCUGCCUUCACGGUCUCCUUUAUCAUUUUUUUGUUGUCUAAAUUAUUUUGAGUUUCUUCUGGAAAUCAGCAAUCAUAUUUUCUACCAUUUUUUGGCUGUUCUUUGGAUCGUUAUAAAUACUUGCAUUGAUAUUGUACCCUUAUUCAGACAUUUCUACCAUUUACAAACAAUUAGGUGAGUGAUUUGGCAAAUGGCUACCAAUGGAACAAAGCCCCCUCCAGAGCCUUCACCUUUGAGAAAGGCCAAAUUUUUUCAGGCAAACAUGAGGAUUUUGGUAACUGGUGGCGCUGGCUUCAUUGGGUCUCACCUUGUUGACAAGCUUAUGCAGAAUGAGAAGAAUGAGGUUAUUGUUGUGGAUAACUAUUUCACUGGAUCAAAGGAAAACCUCAAACAGUGGAUUGGCCAUCCAAGAUUUGAGCUUAUUCGCCAUGAUGUCACAGAGACACUGUUGGUGGAGGUUGACCAAAUUUAUCAUCUUGCUUGUCCUGCUUCCCCCAUUUUCUACAAAUACAAUCCUGUUAAGACAAUUAAGACAAACGUAAUUGGGACAUUAAACAUGUUGGGACUUGCCAAGAGAGUUGGAGCAAGGAUUCUGCUGACGUCAACUUCAGAGGUUUAUGGAGAUCCUCUUGUGCACCCUCAGGACGAGAGCUAUUGGGGCAAUGUUAAUCCAAUUGGAGUUAGAAGCUGCUAUGACGAGGGGAAGAGAGUGGCCGAGACUUUGAUGUUUGAUUAUCACAGGCAACAUGGAAUAGAAAUCCGUAUUGCUAGAAUCUUCAACACUUACGGACCUAGAAUGAACAUUGAUGACGGGCGUGUUGUCAGCAACUUCAUUGCUCAAGCUAUUCGCAAUGAACCCUUAACUGUGCAGUUGCCCGGAACACAGACCCGUAGCUUCUGCUAUGUUUCUGAUAUGGUUGAUGGUCUAAUUCGACUUAUGGAGGGAGACAGUACUGGGCCAAUUAACAUUGGGAAUCCAGGUGAGUUCACAAUGAAAGAACUUGCACAGACUGUGAAGGAGAUGAUAAAUCCAGAGGUGGAAAUCAUAGAGGUAGAAAAUACUCCCGAUGAUCCUAGGCAGAGAAAGCCAGACAUCACAAAGGCAAAGGAGUUGCUAGGGUGGGAACCUGUGGUCAAAUUGCGCGAUGGUAUUCCUCUUAUGGAAGAAGAUUUCCGAACCAGGCUCGGUAUACCCAAGGACAAGAAAUCCAGUCAUUGAUGGAAGUAUUAUCUUCUUCUCCAAGACUCUUUAAGGAUGUUUUCUAUACCAUGUUUUACUAGUGGGAGUUUAUUAGUUAUACAUGACCUUGUCAAGCUAUAAAUGAAUGUGGAAAAUAUGGCACAAUAGAGUUUUUUUUGUGUGUGCAUGGUUGUGAGUUUUGGCAUGUUGAGUCUCUUUACCAUGGGAAUAAUUAAUAAAGUUCUGCUUCUCUUUCCUUCGCAAUUUGGAUUAAAGUUCAGUUCUUGCUGCCCAA